AUGAAUUCAAGAGACCCACCCAGUAAAAUUUUGUUACUUAUCAUAACUUAUCUACCUCCUUCUUUCCCUCUUACGAAUGAUUACUUGUUCGAGACUUUCAAACAAUACGGAGAGAUCAAGAAAAUACUCAUUUUUGAGAGAGGAAAAACAAACAAGGCAUUCAUUGAAUAUUACGACAUCAAACACGCAAUCUCAGCUAGAAGAGAUAUGAUGGGUAAAUCGAUCACACCUUAGGGAGGCAGGCUUCUUAUCCAUUUUUCUCGUUUAAAGUAGCUCAAUCUCGAAGUGGUUGAUCAUACUCGUGGCACUUAAUAUUAACCUCACGAAGUAGAGACACAGGUUUAACCCUAAAAGCAGGUGUAAAAUCUGCCAAAAGCCCCUUUAUUUAUAGAGGAAGAAGCCAAACCACCCCUAAUAGAUUUAACAUAAGUAUUGAAAUUAGAGGCAGUUGAUGUGUCUCAAGCAUCGGAAGAAUCUCCAACGAAAGCAAUUAUGGAAACAUAAUUAAAAUAAUUGGAAAGAAUUUUAGAUGAAGAUUAUGCAAAUGAAGUAGCAAGAUCUAACCUAACUCAAUUUGAUGAAUAACAACAAGUCAUUAAUGAAUUACUGGCUUAAAAACCAUCAAAAUAUUUGAAAGUACAAAACAUAGAUGAGAGAGUGACUGCCAAGAUGUUAUUUGGCCAUUUGAAUGCACUGUUGUUUUAAAAGAAGGACAAUAUUGCAAUCUUACAAUUUACCAACAUCGAUCAUGCUACUAUAGCUAAGGAACUGCUCAAUAAUAUUAUGUUUUUCAACAGAGAAAUAAGAAUAUUGUUUCAUUAGAUUGAUAAUCUUGAAGCAUCAAAUCCUAAUGAAGAAUAUUAUGUUGGAAGUUAAACCAAAUUCAAAAUAGUCCCUCUUAGUAAAGUCCUCGUUUUUUCUGGAAUCAGUGAUCUGCUUGAUAUCCAAGACAUGGUAAAACUUGUUGGGAAAAUUUAAGAAAUUAAAUUAGAAUAGCACAGUAUCUAGAUUACAAUGUUGGAUAUCUAUGAAGCAUUGAAGGUCAUUUCAGUUCUUUCAGAAUACGAGUAUAAGGGAAAUAAAAUUAAUCUAAUUCUUAAAUGA